CGCACAACAAAUCCGCCAUUGUCAUCGGAGCGUCGCACAGUUGAAAGUUGGCGACUUUGCAAUGCGACGUGCCGAGCACAACGCGGUCGCGUUGAAUCAUGCGUACGUCGCGCAGAUGCAGGUGCUUGCGGCCAAGAUGGAAUGGACCAAGCGUGCGGUGGCCGAGCACAAUGCGAGGAAGGCAGCGGCGGUACGUCUGCGAGGCAAACUGAACCAGCGGCGGUACCGCGCGGAACGCGAGCGGACGCUGCGCCGUCUCGAGCACAUGAUCCACACGUUGCACCUCGAGGUUGCUCGUAUGGAAGGACGGGUCGAACUGUACCACGUCGUUGUUCCCGCGAUGCUGCGCACGUAUGCACCAGAGUUUCAACUCGCGCGAGAAAACUAUCGCUUGUUUGCCCACGGGUACUGUGUCGACCCGACGCAUGCGCGGCACCAAGCCCAAGUCGGCUACCUGAACAGCGCGAUGAGCGAGGACCUCGUCAUGAUGGGCAGUGUGGGCCGCGACAAAUUGUUUGAUCAGUGGGCCAUGUAUAUGACAACGUUCGGGUCGAUUGCGAUGGACCUGCUGACGCUCGAUGCAGUGUCUUUCUCGCCCAACGUUGUCAUACACGCCCAAGCCGUCAUGCACCUGCGGUUGACUCGUGUGUCUAUCGAGCUGCUCUUUCCGGUCGUCCGAACGAACGAGCCGCUGGUCCACAAACUCGUUGGGAAGGUGCUGCACUUGCCCAUGCAAAUGCGCUUUCACUUUGACCGCCACGGUGUCGUGCAAGAGCUCGGAACGCAUGCCAGGACGACAGAAGCUCUCGUGGAUGUAUUGGAAAAUGUUGAAGAGGCCGUCGCCGUGCUCGGGGCCAUGCAGCUCACGGAAGACGCUGAAAUCGUCGCGCCAUCAGCCGUGGAGGACAGAUGACGAGACACACUAUGUCCACACUGACCGCCGCGGUCGGCAAUCGUGUCCUUGCAUGUUGUUUCGCCUCGCGACGAGCAUGCAACCCGUGUAGUCGACGUAAUGUACGCAUAUAUUUCGCUAACGCUCCGUUGUUUGGUCGAGCACGAAAAUCCACCACGAUGUCCAGCA